GUUGCGAUCGUGGCCAUGGUCGAUCGGCAUGCCGUUAACAAGGACUUUGAGGAUUUUAACUGGAACGAAGAGACGAAAUCAAUCAUCCUGAGCAGCUUCUUCUGGGGGUACGUGGUAACGCAGAUACCUGCCGGCCAGAUGGCGCAACGGUUUGGUCCAAAGAUUCUCCUACUGUUUUCGAUUGGCAUCUGCUCAAUGCUGGCGGUUUUGACACCCUUCUGUGCCCAUGUCGGUGAUGCAAAGGCUGUUAUCGGUUUGCGGAUAGUGCAAGGUUUGAGUCAGGGAUUUAUUUUUCCCUCCACACACACGAUGCUGUCCCGGUGGGCACCGGCAUCGGAACGUGGUCGGCUCGGUACACUCAGCUACGCAGGUGCUCAGUUUGGUACGGUGAUAAUGUUAGCGGUGAGCGGAUUUCUCGCCUCUUCGAGCAUGGGAUGGCCGAGCAUAUUUUACAUUUCUGGCGCAGUUGGAAUAUUGUGGGCGGUAGCGUGGUUCUUCUACGGUAGCAACUCACCGGCCGAGUAUCGUGGUAUUGCGCCGGAGGAACGUGAGUUUAUUGAGCGCUCGUUCGGUCCGCAAGAUCACAGCCGCCGUAUCGUUACGCCCUGGAUGGCCAUCCUAACAUCCGCACCGAUGAUUGCGCUUACGAUCGCGCACAUGGCUCACAACUGGGGCUUCUGGACGUUGCUAACGGAGAUGCCCACGUACAUGAAGGAGGUGCUAGAGAAGGACAUCAAGAAGAACGCUCUGUUGUCCUCGCUACCGUAUUUGGUGAUGUGGAUACUAAGCUUCGUGUUUAGCGCAGUGUCGGACUUCCUUAUUAAUCGACAGUAUCUGUCGCGUGUGGUUAGCCGCAAGCUGUUCAACACGAUCGGUCUGUGGAUUCCGAUGGCUGCAUUGCUGGGGCUCGCCUUUGUGCCAAAGGGUGGAUCGGAUCUUGCGAUCGUGCUGCUUACGCUAGCGGUCGGUAUCAAUUCGGCGACGUACUUGGGCUUCCAGGUGAACCAUAUCGAUCUCGCUCCCAACCAUGCGGGUACGAUGAUGGGCAUCACGAACUGUGCGGCCAACAUCAUGUCCAUCAUUGCACCGCUCAUCGUGGGACAAGUGAUAACGGACGCGACUGAUCCGAUACAAUGGCGCUGGGUGUUUUACAUUGCUGCUGGAGUGUAUUUCUUCGGUAAUCUUACCUUCAUCAUCUUUGGCAAGGCUGAUAUUCAGUCAUGGAAUGAACCUGAAUCACCGAUUCCUCGUACCAUGUCCAAUGCUAAUGAAACCCAACCUACACGGAAUGCAAACAACACAGCAACCAGCAACGACAACCAUAGCGAUUAA